AUGGACACAUAUCAUGUCAGCAACAUCGUUGAUGCACUUUCCUCCAGUAAGAUAAAAGAACGUCACACUGGCUUAAAUGAUUUGACUACAAUUUUAAAGGAAAACCCUGCAAUUAUCGAGCCAAAAUGCGUGUUACCUGUGAUCGAAAGGCUAACCGAAAUCAUUGAUCUAGAGCGGUCUAGGUUCUGUUCACUUCUCCAUUGCGAUGCUACGACCUCCAGUGACAGUAAAGUUACCGCAGUAGAGAAUCGAUUAUCUGAAGCUGCCUACGUUUUAAGGUUAUUUGUUGAAAAAACGGUCUCGUCAUACAAAUCGAAGCAUAUGAAAUUCCUUCUGGUGAUGAUUACAGAACUCGUAACCUUUGAUGGUGGGAAUUCCUUACUUGUUCCCGUUUCAUCGCAUCUUUUGCUGGCGUUGAGCGUCUUGAUUGAAUCUGACAUUUUCCGACUAAAAUUUGAACCGCAUCAAUGGGUAUCGUUAAUUAAGCGCUGUUCUGGAUUCCUAACGCACCAUUUGAGCGUUGAUCCGUCUGACAAGUCAACUUUUUAUUUGAUCUUGAUUUUGGCCGAUUUGUUGACUUUCGAUGUUUGUGAGGCGGGGACUAUGAGCAGAGAUGUCUUAGCAGUGUUGUUGGCUUAUUUCCAGAACGUUAGGACCGAUACCCCUUGUACCAAGAAUGUGUUCCGUUUGUUGAAUAAUUUCUUGCUAAAAUUGCAUUUGGUUGAUCUGUUCGCGUGCUGCAAGGCAUUGGAAUCGGCGCUGGCGUUUAUCGUUUCCGCUCAGAGAGUUUCGGGCCAAGACUCUGAAUACGAAUUAGCUGUGUUUGCCAUAAUGGCGAGUGAUUUAGUUGUUAAAGGUGUAACAAUUUUGGAUCGUGACGGCGUUUCUAAUCUUUUGGAACAAGAUGAUCUUUUUGACAUAUUUCAAGGAUUUGUUACUUUUGGCUUGAAUUCUUUCAAACCAAGCGUGCUGUUUAUUGACGAUAUAAGCUCUAGCGGACAGCACGUGGAUUUUUCGUGGCUUGAACGGGUCUGCUACAGUGUUGAUGUGAAUAACGAAGGUUUGGCGUGGCUUCAGUUAUACUCCCUUACGCGAGGUGUCGAAGAGUACUUCCAAUUAUCGGGCUUUCGAGAAGCUACUGAGACUAGCUUACUUUUCAAGAGGCGAAAAACUGCUGACGAUUUGAGAUCAAUAUUCCUGAAUUCCUAUACCACAGAGGGUUUCAUAGAGAAUUGCCUAGAGAGUUCGUUUGAAGUCGUUCAAUUGCUAGGGUUGCAGUUAUGUAAUUGCUACGCCAGUAAUUACCUAUUGACAGGACUCACCAUCGAAUCGCUUUUCAAUGCAGUUUUUCGUAUCAUAAGUCUGCCAAGCCUAAGUGGGUGGGCAUUUUGGGCCAUAAUACCGCUUUUAAAAGCAAAGAAUUCUCAUCUGCCAGAGACUUCACUCCUAAAUCUCUUCAAAAUAUCCUUGCCCUAUAUUAGAUCGACCCAACUGUGUGGAAUCACUUGCAAGCUGUUGGCAACGGUCUUGAGCUUCCAAGAAAUUGACGUGAUGUCAGAUCUCUCACUGGGACAUCAAAUUGACGAAAUUUACACGUUACCCACGGUUUAUGGUCCAACAUUGAUGAACAAUGAAUGCUUUCAAUUUUGGGUACAACUUCAGCGUACAAGAAAGCCCCUCAGUCAACAGCAGGCUGUGGCUUCUGUGUAUACAUGGCUUACAUCCAAAUGGGAGCUACUUGACAUCACAUCGGUUGGACAGAAUACAUUUCCGACCUUUCUGGGCUGGAUCUGUGGACAGGAUUAUUGGCCUGACUUUCCGUCAUCGCCUUUUGAAACCCCCAGGUUUUUGGAGCAAUAUUACAGACCAUGGAAUUCUUUUAAAGAGCAAAGAGAUUUCUUGCUUCAUAAGCAAACGGAUCUGCAAGCACUCAAGGUCAGUAACCUAGUUUUGAGAGUUCCUGUUGAUAUUGAAAGAAUUAAAGGUGCUGUAGCAAGGGUCUUGGACCUUUGUCUGCAUUUUACGGGAGACCCACUCCACGAAUUAAAACUGUCAGCUUCAUGCAUGCGCAUUUUUAACACUUUGGCAAAUGAUGCGUCGGUAAGGUCUUUAAUUAUCGAGUUUGAAAACCAUAUGAAGUCUCGACUUCAAAAUAUUUUUGCUGAUGAUGAAAUGCCCGUUGUGCCUUGCUUGUGCCAACUCUUAGAGAUGCUCAAUUACCCGCGGGUUUCAGCUUCUUCUAUCAAGGGUCUAGAUUUGACAAAUCUUUUGACAAAGCUUCAAAGCGAACUACGACAUCAGGCCCUCGAUGAUGAAAUGCCCAUGGAUGAUUUUAUACCAAAUAAGGCGUUAUCGUCGGUGACUUCUUCGGAAUGCAAGCUCAGCGAAUUAUCGCUACUCAAGUUUGCCAUAUAUUUUGUUUCGGGUGCUCAUCGAUUAAGAGGAGAAAGUUUCUCGUUUACUAUAAAAGAGAUUCUAAGGUUCUUAACUCCUCUCCCAUUGUCUUUGAUUCAAGCAGCCGCUACUACCUUAAUCGCACUUCUAAAAAUGCGUUAUGAAGAUGCUGACGUGAAGUCGUUGGAAACAGUCACACUAUUCCUUGGCUCGACGCUCCUUAGUACAAAAUGCAAUACCUCAGAUGUGUCACUGGAGGCGCUAGUGUCGUUUCUUGACACUACAAGGAAUGCGUGGCUAGUUCCACUCAACAAAUCACUGAAUACCGACUGCAAUGAUAUCCUCGAGUGGAUCACUGACAAGCUUUCAAGAGCAGAGGCAUCAGGUCUAUGUUUCGUCCAAGACCUGUCUCGGCUUCUUUUAAAUAUGUUGAACUUUCACAACUUGUCAUCUGAUGUUUUGCGUGGAGGGAAGCAGAAAGUUUUCGAAACCUUUUCCAAAUGUCUGAAGCUAUUGCCAAGUUAUGCAAUCGUGCCUCUCGUCAGUGAUCUAGCUGAAUAUUUGGGCAGUUUAAGCUAUAAAAACCAAGUCAUUUUACUCACUGAGAUCAAAGAUACUUUCGCGUUAUCAUCCGAGUGUGAAGAGUGUGGCGGACAUUAUGCUCUCUCAUUGGUAAGAUUUGUAGCGGACAGCUUGCAUUGCUUCCUAGAUAUUUUGUUCGAUAUUAUCUCCUACAGAGGCUCUCAAAACAUGGCGACAUACAUCAAGGAGGCCUUGCAACGUAUAUCAACCUUGUAUGAUUUUGACAGUCCCCUCGAUAUCCUGAAAAUGUGCCAAUUUGAAAUAAUUGAUAAUUUCAUCGGCCAAUCUCACCAGGAAAAUAUUACAAGCAUGAGAGAAUGGCCUUUUUCUUUAUUUGGAGAUUUUUCAUUAAAUCAAUUUGUCCUUCAAUACCGGGAUUCCAUUGCAGCUUUGUACUUUUCUAAGACAGGACUUCCAAGAUUCGUGAUCUCAGAACUGCUCGAGAUAUGUCCCAAGCUGGAAAAUGAACUGUUUGCGGACUCCCUUCAUUAUUCGGUCCCAUUAGCGUAUCGUAGCGGUGGCCUCCAAGACGGAAUAAUGGCUCUUGCAAUUAAAAAAUGUGGGAAGGAUGUUCGCACUUAUCUCAGUGACAUUUCGCUAGAGAUAGCAUAUUGGUGCUUGUUCUUUGCUGACCUUAGUGUUGACGAUGUAAUUCGAAAGACUCUGAAAAACGGGUUUUCAAAAUAUCGUUUACUUCCAAUACUAUUGAGAGGCGGCACCAAAAGACGCUGCACUUUGCGGAUGAAGAUCCAAAUUCCUACUCAUGUCGCUUUAGGACUUUUGAUCAAUCAUAUCACCCAUCACAACAUGGGACAACAAGAGCUGCGCAUUUUAUUAGAAAGACUUUGCCUCGAGAUUUUUGAGAAGGCUCCCGUUCCAGAACUACAGUUAAGUGCUCUUAAAGCUGUGAAAACAUUAAUUGUGCUUUUUGAAAGCAGAGUUGAAAUCUACGAGCAUCUUUCAUGGGUUGUCAAGAUGUUGUCCCCAUUGCUGACAGUGGAUUCGCUUUUUCACGAGGUUAAGGACAUAAUUUUGGGUGGACUUCAUAUGAGUCAGCGGUAUUCCUCAAAUUCAACAGAUAUGUUCGCCGCUAUAUCCUGUAGCCUGUUGCAUCUCCAUCGAAAAGACGCUGAACUUAUCGAUGAGGAAUUGAUAAAAGGUUACAAAAAGGGCCUUUUAGAUUGCACUUCAUAUCUUCAAAGCCCACAAGUAUGGCAAAGUUGCGUGAACAUUUUAGAGAACGAAUCUUUGCCAAGAGGUAUCUAUUUUGAAGAUGAGUUGCUACAAAGUGAAAGCUUGAAUGUCGAUCGCGUUGCUUUUCUAUCGGCUUUGUAUGAAUAUUUUCCUGAACCCAAAGCCUUUCGAUUGGAUUUUAACUUUAAUGAGGUGGUGAUCAAAAACCUUCUAAAUCUCAACUCCAAGACCCAUGCUCUAUCCUCAAACUUCAACCAGUGGCGGGGUCUCUAUUUAGGUGGGUUUUAUUUGAAACGAAGAAAGAUUCCAAAGUCAAUAGCUAAGAGAAGUGCGUUAGAUCUUCGCCAGUACUUUCAAGGUGAUAACAACAAAAUGUUAGCCGUUUUGAUUGAUCUGAUAUUUACUGGCGGGAAUUUUCAGGACGUUCCCUCGUAUAUCAAAAGUACUGUGACAGGAUACCUUCUAAAUUCGCCCUCACUGAAAGCCUUUAAUGGCUUGGAAAUUGUCAAAAAUAUUCCAGUGAUUUCGGAGCCGCAAUUUCGUUUGAUGCAUAAUAAUCGACAUGUCCCUGGCUUCUCUUUUACUCGACGCCAUCAAUCGCAUAACCAAGAGUAUAAAGAACAGUUGAGUAACAUACUGACAUCUCUGAUUAAUGAGCUGCUAUCAUACGACCAUGUCAUUUCUGGUUUAAAACCCCUUGCGGAUUAUGACGAAAGGGCAUGUGAAGAGCUUUCGCUGCGCUUGCUGCAUGAUGUCUUUUCAAAACAUCCCGAUAAGGCCUAUUCUUUGUUCACAAGCUUAUUCAAGUCUGCGAACUUCAUCCGAGACUCAAAAUCAAACAUUCGAGAAGCUAAACUUUUCAGUCUUAGGGCCUUUGCACUGAUAAGAACAGGAGCCAAAAAUGGCCUCAAAACGUUCCUGGAUAUUUAUACGCGAUUGGAUCGGAAAGAAUACUACAAUCUGGCAGUAGAGGCAGAUGAAAUGAAGUUUGCCUUAAUGAUAAUAGAGGAAUCCAGUGAAAACUUUCAUUUUGACUUGACUGAUCCAAAUUUACCGCUGAUUUUCCGUCGACUUGAUGACAAUGAUUCUCUCGGUGCGUUGCCAACCGAGCCCUCUUUGAAGUCUGCAUUUGCCUCCUUGAGCAAUUCGCAUUCCAACAGGAUGAAAAGUUUUGUUCUCAGUAAUAGCGAUUACGAUGCUAGACUUUUCUUGAAGGAGGAUGUCAAUACCGGAAGUCUUCUCGCAUCUGCAAAUCUGAAUGGCUUUCGCGGGCUCUCCAAAAUUUUGGAAUACGACAAGACGGGAGAACUAAACUCGGAGGAGGACAUUUAUCGGUGGGGGAUUGAACUGGGGCAAUGGGAUUUGCCCUUUCCUCAAAAUAAAAAUACAAAGACUAACACGUUGUAUCAUAUCCUAGCGCAAACGGAUUUGGGCUCUCUCCGGAAAACUCUCAAGAAGUCCAUUGAAAAUACCAUAGAGGCAAGGUUUGAGUUUCCUUGCAGUCAAGAAUGGCUGACGACACUGUCAAGUAUAACCUUAUUCGAGAAUCUCUGCGAGAAUUGGGCUACUGAAGAGUUUUCUGCUGAAUACUAUAAGCUAAUAACUAGUCUGAACAGAAAUCUGGAGACGUCUGGCGUUGAAAAUUCAACCUUUGACGCUAGGGCACGCAACAUUUUUACAUGGAAUUUGGCCAAUUUCGAUAACAGUUUAAGCAUGCAUAUAUUGAAGCAAUACGCUUUUACCGAUUUGGUCGGCCAAAUAAGAGGCUGCAGAGAAAAAGGUGACGUUUAUGGUUCUCUUUUUGGAACUAUGAUCUUCGACAAAAUGACUCAGGAUGCUAGGUUUGGUUUCAGCGAAACACCUUGGCGUAAGUUGGCUAUCGUUGAAACUGCUAAGACCUUGUGGAAUCAAGAGGAACACAGCAUUGCGAUUAAUAUGUUGCGUUCCACUUUGGAGAUGUAUCAAUGGUCAAUGCCAAAUUGUGCGACAUUUUUUGACCGGUUUGUCGAAAUUCCCGAGGUGGAGGUGAAGUCACUGUUAGUCGAGUGGUUAUCUAUUUCGAGGCAAGAGGCACCAGAUUCUAUCUACAAGGGGUGCAUAGGAUCUUCACCAAAUGACCUGAGCGCUGUUAAGGAUUAUGAUAAACGCGCCGAAAUAUACUAUCGGUUCGCGGAAUUUUGUUAUGGUCAAGUUAGGAAGCUCACGACGGACAAAAAUCUCCAAGAUCGAAGACUUCGAUAUGAAAGUGCCGCGAAAGAGCUUCGUGCAUUGCAUACAAUGGCCAAAAACGCCAACAUCACUGAUGGUGACAGAAAAGACGCUAAAAAGCAUUUUAGCAGGUUAAGAUUACAAUGUGAACAGGAUAGAGAAAUUAUUUCCGCAUUGACAACACAACUCAAUCUUUUCUCAUGGAAGGCCCUACAAUUUUAUCUGAAUACAAUGGUAUUCAGUAACGAUAGGGACGAUGACGUUCUGGAUAAGUUUUGUGGGAUGUGGUUCCAGUUUUCAAGUGAUGAUGAGAUAAACUCAAAACUUUAUGGCGAGAUAGGCUCCAUUGCUAGCUUCAAAUUUCUUCCUUGGAUAAAUCAAAUGACAUCAAGACUUAGCGAUGAUAUGAACCCAUUUCAACGAACUCUCCAGUUAACACUCAAGCGGGUAAUGUUCAAGCUCCCUUAUGACUCGUUGUAUCCGCUUCUAAGCAUGAAACUGUAUCGCAAUUACACUUCGAAAGAUAACACCAAGUUGCUGAGUAAGGUGAAAGUAGUAGAGAAGCUAAUGAGUGAGCUUGAGAACUACGAAAACGGUUGCUAUAUCAGGGAUUUCAUCAAUCCGAUGAAUGAAUUUUGUGAGAUGUGCAUAGACCUAGCCAAUGUGAAACCUCCCAAGAAUACACGAAUGAUGACUGCGACAAGUUUAAAGUUUAGUAACUACUGGCUUCACACCUUGAAGAUGAGAUCUCUGCCUUUACCUACUGUGCCUCAGCAGAUCAAUUGUUCAGCUGAUGGUCGCAGUCCAAGACCUACUAUAACGAGUGUGAGCAGUCAAAUAUCGAUUUCAACGUCAGGACUUUCUUUACCCAAGAUCGUUACUUUCAGUUUGAGUGAUGGUUCAAGUCAUAAAGUUCUGAUGAAGGGCAGUAAUGAUGAUUUACGUCAGGACGCGAUCAUGGAACAGGUCUUCAAACAAGUGAACAAGAUUUUAAGUAGCUCAGAGGUGACAAAGAAAGAGCGUCUCAGAGUUCGAACAUAUGAAGUAAUACCAAUGGGGCCGCAGGCGGGGAUUAUUGAAUUCGUUUCGAACUCCACGGCACUACAUGAGGUGCUGAGCAACUUGCAUAAAAACGAUAAGCUCUCUUUUGACCAGGCUAGAAAAGCUAUGAAAUCUGUGCAGGGCAAAUCGAAGGAGGAGCGACUGGACGUUUAUUUGGAGAUUACUUCGAUUAUCAAGCCACUUCUUCGCCAAUUUUUUUCGAACUCUUUCACGAAUCCAGAAGACUGGCUAGAAGCAAAGUAUACCUAUACUAAAGGAGUAGCAACUACUUCGAUUGUCAGCUACAUUUUAGGCCUUGGUGAUCGGCAUCUGAAUAACAUUUUGCUAGAUAAAUCAAGCGGAGAGCCUAUUCACAUUGAUCUCGGAGUGGCCUUUGAUCAAGGCCGUCUUCUGCCGAUUCCCGAAUUAGUGCCUUUCCGUCUCACUAGAGACCUUGUGGAUGGAUUUGGAGUUACUCAAAUUGAUGGCAAGUUUCGCAAAAGCUGUGAACGUGCGUAUCGAGUUUUGAGAGAAAAUUAUGGGAAAGUCAUGAAUGUGUUAAACGUCUUAAAAUGGGAUCCAUUGUAUUCAUGGGUGAUGACUCCCCUUAGGAAGCAAAAACUCCAAGCAGAUAUAUCUGAGGAUCCUGAAGAAGAACGAACAGACUUAAAAAAUGCUGGUUUCGAAGAGGACAAUAAUCAAUCUUUGAGAGCCUUGCAAAGUGUCAAAGAAAAAUUGAUUGGGAACGGCCUGAGCGUUGAGGCGACUAUUCAUGAGUUGAUUCAGCAGGCAACCGAUGAGCAAAAUUUAGCCAUGAUCUAUAUGGGUUGGUCACCAUUUUAUUGA